AUUGCAGAAAACAACCUCACCUUAAAGUAACCAAAGUUACAAACAGCUAUAUUACAAUGGCUAAAAGAGCUGCUGGAUUUGUCAUAUUUCGCCGUCUACAAGAUGAAAUAGAAUUUCUUUUACUAAAGGCAUCUUAUGGCAACUUCCAUUGGUCAGCACCCAAAGGGCAUGUAGAUCCUGGGGAAGAUGAUUACACUACGGCUGUAAGAGAAACGAGAGAGGAAGCCGGAUACACUGAAGAAGAUUUGAAUAUAUACAAAGAUAAUCCAAUUACAUUGAACUACGAAGUAAAAGGCAAACCUAAAGUUGUUAUUUACUGGCUGGCCGAAUUAAAUGAUCCAUCUAAAGAACCUACCCUUUCAGAAGAACAUACGGAAUUAAAAUGGCUUACUAAGGAGGCAGCAAAAGAAAUUGUUGGAUAUAAGGACAAUCAAGAAAUGAUUGACAAAUUUUAUGAAGUAAUAUCGACAUUAUGUAUAAAGAAAUAAAAUGCUCAUGUAUGGAAGUGUUAAAGGCAGUAAGGGACGAUAUGCAUCAGAGAACGGUUUGAAUGCCAUUUCCAUUGCCUAUGAAUCCAAUAGUAAAAAUAAUGCAUAUUGUCGUCAUAGAAAGUGAAUAUGGCGAAAGCCGUGCAUUGCAUUGCAUGACUUCUUCAUCUACUUAACACUCUCAAAGUCAACGAAUAUGCAGCCAAUGGUGUAAA